GAUGCCAUACAUUCUUUUCCAAAUGAAAGCAUAACUAUUGUAUAAAUAGCUAAGAUAUUAUAUUGAUGUAACAUGACGCGACAGUUCUGUUAACUGACUCCCUAUCAAUUUAUUCUACUAAUGAUUUUAUCGACGACGGAGAAAUGAAAGCCAACGUCGUCCACCGGCGAAACAAAGAUAAACAGAAGUUUAAUCAGUAUAUUAUAUUCACUUAAAGCAAUAACAAGAAAUUAAUAAGAAAGUGGUUUAAGUAAAUAGACACAAGACGGUACAUAAUCAGUGUGAUAGUGAUAUCGUUGCAUUUGUUUUUCAUUAGUCUUUCACGAUGUGAAUUUAUCAAAACAUUGCUGGCAGUGGCCAUUGUGCCGGAAGUUACCGGAAGUAGUUGUUUGGGUUGCAAAUAACGACAAAAUGGCGACGCCCGUGGUGGAGAGAAAUUUACCUUUGAUACGCGAGCAAAUUUCAGUCGCUUUCGGAAAGAGUAGUAUUGUUGUGAAAUUUGUUGCCGUUGCUGUGACAUUAGGUUAUCUGUUAUCGUUCAUUAAUGCUGCUAUUCCUUAUUUAACUGUUACUCCUGGAUAUGUUAUGCCUCCAAACUUCUGGAUCUGGACCUAUGCGACGCAUUGUUUUGUCGAAGUACACUUCUGGGAUGUUCUUAUUGAUGUAGCUGUACUUAUAUUGUGUGGUAAACUUUUGGAACCCUUAUGGGGAACACUAGACAUGCUUGUCUUUUUUGUGGUCGUCAAUGUGGGCGUGGCAUUACUUACAUCUUUCCUCUACAUUGUUAUCUACUUUGUGAGUCGGAAAGAGAUGUACUUGUUUCACACACACAUUCACGGUCUUCCUGGCUAUAUUGCCGGAUUUUCUGUUGCCGUUAAACAAGUGAUGCCUGACCACAUUCUAGUGACAUCGCCUCUUGGAAAACUUCGUAACACGCACAUCCCACUCUUACUGCUUUUGCUGUCAGUCGCGUUACGUCUGAUCGGAGCAUUGGAUGGGCCUUAUCCAUUCAUGUUUGGAUGGGGGAUUGUUGUCAGCUGGGUAUACCUGAGAUUUUACCAGAAACACAGCAAUGGGAACCGUGGAGAUAUGGCAGAUAACUUUAGUUUCGCCAGCUUUUUCCCAAGCCGGUUACAACCAGUUGUGGGUAUAUUGGCAAAUACUAUAUUCAGCACAUUGGUAAAGAUGAGGAUUUGUAAGAAACCCCAACGGAAGUAUGAUGUCAGUUCACCAACAACCAUCACAGUCACAUUACCUGGCACAGACCCUCAGGAUGCAGAACGCAGACGACAAUUGGCUCUAAAAGCAUUGAACGAGAGACUUAGUAAAGUUGACCAACAACCCAAAUGGCCAUCCCUUGUUGAAGAAGGAGAUCUUCCCAAAUCUUCUUUAACUAGUCAUUUACCAACAAAAGAAGAAACAAAACCAGAUGCAGGGGCAGCAAAAGAAAAAUCACAGUUCGUUCCAACAAAGCUACCUGUGCCAGACUUCAAAGAAAACAUGAAGAAUUCAACUGAUUCUUUGUCAUAGUUUUCCUUUCUUUCAGUCUUUCUUUUUUAAUUUAUUAUUAUUAUUAUUAUUAUUAUUAUUAUUAUUAUUAUUAUUAUUAUUGUUAUCAUCUUUAUUAUUUUAAUUGUUUUGAUAUGAAAUACGAUUUCAAUCUUUCAUUUGCACAAAUCAUAUAUAAUGAAAUGAAAUGAAUGACAAAAGAAUGUGAAAUGAAAGAUGCAAAAAGACAAAGGAACAAAAUAACGCUGACAUUUUGUAUAUAUUAUUAUCUUUAUUUUUAUUAUUUUUAUUAUUACUGUUGUUCUAAUUAUUUAUUUUUUUUGUUUUUUUUUUGUUUAAUGCUUUGAAAAUAAAAAAAAAACACACAAAAAAAAAAAGAGGUAUCUUUUCCUCCGGAACAGAGCUAUAAAUAGUAACUUACUGGACGCAUGGGUUUUUUUUUUUUGUCUGUUUUUGGAAACCCUAAGUUUUUCCUUUGGCAUCUUUGUUACAAGAAGAUGUAAAGUUUCUCUCCCCAAUGCCAUCCAAAAUAUAUAUAUAAUGAAAAAUAACAAUAAUAAAGAAAAUAAAAAUACAAAAAAUAAUAUCAACUAAUCCUUCGGUGACAUAAGUCCAGUUGAAAAUGAAAUGAGAUACACACAGACUCAGAUGCACACAUACACAUGCAUGUGUAAAACAAAAAAUGCAAAAAAAGACAUUGUUGAAAGAGAUGAUAAAAAAGAAAAAAAGGCGACAAGCUGGAAAGAUAAUAAACUAAAGUGAUUUGUUAGUUUUUAUGUAAGAACUAUUUA